AGUUUUAUGAAGUUUUUUUUAUUAUUAUUAAAAUGGUGUAAAUAUGUUUUAGGAAGGGGGUAGCGGCACUGCUUUUUGCACAGUCCGGAGGUGGGAGAUGGCGCCGUUUAUAAUAGCAUCCGCCCGACUUGUUCACCUAAACCCAUCCAUAAAAUCAAACCCCAAUUUACUUUCAGCAACAAAAUCACUCUUCACAUUCAAAUCAUCAUAUUCCCCAAUCGUAUCAUCAUCAUCAUCAUCAGCUGUUUCAAUGUCUUAUGAUAAACAACUUAUUGCUGCCAAGAAAGCUGCUUCCCUUGCUGCUCGUCUAUGCCAGAAAGUGCAAAAGGGGCUGCUGGAAUCUGAUGUCCAAUCGAAAUCUGAUAAAAGUCCCGUCACCGUGGCUGAUUAUGGUUCCCAAGUUGUUGUGAGCUUCGUUCUUCAAAGGGAACUUCCUUCUCAGGCAUUCUCGCUAGUUGCCGAGGAAGAGUCGGGAGAUCUUCGAAAAGAAGAAUCUCAAGAAACUCUUGGACGCAUCACCAAGCUAGUGAAUGAUACUAUUGCCAAUGAUGGAACUUACAACGUGUCUCCUUUGUCCGAAGCUGAUGUGCUCAGAAUCAUUGAUUGUGGUACAUCUGAAGGAGGCUCUAAUGGCCAACAUUGGGUUUUGGAUCCUAUUGAUGGUACUAAAGGUUUCUUAAGAGGUGACCAAUAUGCGAUAGCAUUAGGUCUGCUAGACGAAGGGAAAGUCGUGUUAGGUGUCCUCGCAUGCCCAAAUCUCCCACUAGAAUCCAUUGGGAGCCUUAAAGAUCAACAUGCUCUCGGUAAAGCAGGAUGUUUGUUCUCUGCACAACUCUCUUGUGGAACAUACAUGGAGUCUCUAGAUGGCUCGCCACCCGUCAAGGUGCAUGUUAGCGACACGGAAAAUCCAGAAGACGCAUCCUUCUUCGAAUCAUAUGAAGCUGCACAUUCAUCUCAUAGUUUAUCUGGUGCUAUAGCGAAGAAACUGGGCGUUAAAGCACCGCCAGUUAGAAUAGACAGCCAGGCAAAAUACGGUGCAUUGUCAAGAGGAGAUGGUGCAAUAUAUUUACGAUUCCCAAAUAAAGGAUACCGUGAGAAGAUAUGGGACCAUGCUGCCGGAUAUAUCGUUAUUGCAGAAGCCGGGGGUGUUGCAUCGGAUGCUGGUGGGAAGCCUUUAGACUUUUCGAAAGGAAGAUAUCUCGAUCUCGACACGGGCAUCAUUGUUACGAAUCAGAAACUAAUGCCAGCUCUCUUGAAGGCAGUUCAAGAUUCACUCAAGGAACAAGCUUUACCAUCACUCUAAAUCUUGACAAAAUUUCUUGUUAAAUUGUGGACAAAGUUGUGCUAAUUCUACUGAUGUGCAUGAAUAGUUGCUGAAUCAUCUUCUUGUAUUUCAUCAUCCUCAAAUCAUGUUCGUGAAAAUUUUUAAAUUCUUAAUAUAAACUUUGUACCCUUCAGGA